ACCGAGGAUUCCGAUCCACAAAUGGAAGCACCAAGUCGCAGAAGACGGUCUGAUCCUGCAUUCACCGAAGCCUGGUACUUUCUCUAAAGAGAGGUUGCCAUACUCACUAACAGCUCCUAUUAUCUUUUAUACAAGCGACGUAGUACAUACUAUCGCACG